UUUAUUAGUGCUUUCACGUGAGAUUUGUGAUUCUAUAGGGUAAUAUCAGGUCAAUAUAGUUUACAGAGACAUUGCUUCACUCUGUCAGGCCUGUUGCAGCCUGCUCUUACCUCACAAUGUCCACUCCUCAAUCAAUACAGGCUUUAUCCUCCCAUCCAGGCCUCUGGCACUCCUGUGACUGAGCAUUUGUGCAUUUUUUUCUCCCCACCCCAGCUGGCCUGCGGUCAGUGGGUGUACACCUGCACCACAGCAGACCUAAUAGGAGCUGAGCGGUGUAACAUCUGAUUCAGGCUCUGCAGGGGCGGCGUGUGUUGUGUGUGCAGCCUUUUUCACGCUGAGAGCUCAGCAGAACAGGCCCGCCAUUUCCCCUCCUCGGUGGUCUUUUUUUCCCCCUUUCAUAGCGCUUUAAAGCGGAGCAGUAGCGGCGGCAGCAGGAGGAGGAGGAGGAGGAGAAGCGGCGGCGACGACUGGCGGAGCGGCGGAGGCAGGCAGGCAGGAGGAGAGACGCAGGGAUCCGGUGUGCCACAUCGGGAUGAAAGCGAGACACAGACCCGGGUCGGAUGAGUCAGCGAGCGGACCCUGCAAUCACGGAAUCCCUGCAAUCUAACGGAGCCGAGCGGCGCCACAAAAAAAGAAACAAUCUAACCUUUUUUGAUUGUUGUUGUUGCCAGAUUCCGCUUCUCUUUAUUCCGCCCUCCCCUGGUCCGCGUCUGCCAUAGCCUAGUUUUGAUUUUUUAUUUCCACCUAGGUGGGGAAAAAGGGGGGUCCGGCAAGGUUGUAGAGGAGGUGGAGGUUUUCUUUUCUUUUUUUUGACACUCUAAUAUAACCACAGACUACCUUUUUUGAAGUCUUUUGUUGCAUUUUGAGUGAGCGAAAAUGUCGGGGCAGAGCAUUACGGACAGGAUAACUGCAGCCCAGCACAGUGUAACGGGAUCCGCCGUGUCCAAAACAGUAUGCAAGGCCACCACUCACGAAGUAAUGGGCCCGAAGAAGAAACAUUUGGAUUAUUUGAUCCACUGCACCAACGAGAUGAACGUGAACAUUCCCCAACUGGCUGACUCGCUGUUUGAGAGGACCACCAACACCAGCUGGGUGGUCGUGUUUAAGUCACUUAUCACCACACACCACCUCAUGGUCUACGGCAACGAGCGUUUUGUCCAGUACUUGGCUUCAAGGAAUACACUAUUCAACCUCAGUAAUUUUUUGGACAAAAGUGGGUUACAAGGUUAUGACAUGUCCACAUUUAUCAGGAGGUAUAGUCGAUACCUGAACGAGAAAGCCGUUUCAUACAGACAGGUUGCCUUUGACUUCACAAAAGUUAAACGCGGAGUGGACGGGGUAAUGAGGACCAUGAAUACUGAGAAGCUGCUGAAGACUAUCCCCAUUAUUCAGAACCAGAUGGACGCCCUCCUCGAUUUCAAUGUCAAUGCCAACGAGCUGACUAACGGAGUCAUCAAUGCAGCCUUUAUGCUCCUCUUCAAAGACUCCAUCAGGCUCUUUGCUGCUUAUAAUGAAGGCAUUAUCAACCUGCUGGAGAAAUACUUUGACAUGAAGAAGACCCAGUGUAAAGAAGGUUUGGACAUUUACAAGAAGUUUCUCACCCGAAUGACCCGGAUAUCAGAGUUCCUCAAAGUCGCAGAGCAGGUGGGCAUCGAUCGAGGAGACAUCCCAGACCUUUCACAGGCUCCCAGUAGCCUUCUCGAAGCUCUGGAACAGCACUUGGCCUCUUUAGAGGGCAAGAAGGUCAAAGACUCCACUGCAGCCAGCAGGGCCAGCACUCUGUCAAAUGCAGUCUCAUCACUGGCCAGCACGGGGAUGUCUUUCACUAAAGUGGAUGAGCGGGAGAAGCAGGCAGCUCUCGAAGAGGAACAAGCUCGACUCAAAGCUCUGAAGGAACAGAGGCUCAAAGAGCUUUCCAAGAGGCCCUCUUUCGCUACCACUGAUACAUCGCCGAUCUCCACCACCGGGGGCACUAUCAGCACAGCACCAGCCAUCGACCUCUUCUCGACGCCCAGCUGCUCUAAUGGCGCGGUGAAGAUGGAGAGCGACCUUUUUGACCUGCAGUCAACUUUCCAGCCGGGCUCCACGGGGCUUCCAGUGGCCACAGCGUGGGCAGAUCCUUUCACCUCUGCUGAAGCUGGAGAUGAAUCCAUGCCAAACCUUAACCCUUUCCUCUCAAAACUCGUUGUCGAUGCCACUCACUUACCUGUCGUGUCUUCAGACGGUGUUAGCUUUUCCUCUAGGACAUCUGGUCAUGAAAUGUUUGGUGAUCGUUACAAUCCCUUUAUUGACACAAACUCAUCCGUUUCAACCAAUUACAAACGCACAGUGCGGAUAGAACACUCCAUCUCAGACUCCUUCUGUGGUCCAGUGUCCAUUGCCCAGCACCUCCCACACCAGGCUCCCUUCCCCACUGAGCCCUCUACUGUAGCAGGUCUAUUCAGAGGAUACAUGAAUCCACAGGCCCCUCCACAGCAGUCAGCCGGAGGACUCCAAGUGGAUUUUGAGUCCGUUUUUGGAGCCAAAGCCGCAGGCAGCAACAGCCUCAAUUCUGAUGAUAUUGCUGGAGGCAUCCUGAAACCGACUCUUGCUGGCUCCAACCAGGCGUCCUGUCAGCUGCCAGAGAAGCUGGUGUCUGAUGACCUUGACUCCUCUCUGGCCAACCUUGUCGGCAACCUCGGCAUUGGGAACGGCACGAUGAAAAAUGACAUGCACUGGAGCCAGCCGGGGGAGAAGAGGAUGACCGGCGGCACCAACUGGCAGCCCAAAGCGGCGCCGUCCACGACCUGGAACCCCGUUUCCAUGCCAACGUCAGUCAUGGCGUUCCCCGCCACCACGCCCACGGGCAUGAUGGGAUACGGCAUGCCUCCACAGAUGGGCUCUAUGGGAAUGAUGAAUCCACCCACCAUGAUGUACGGCCAGCCUGUGAUGAGGCCACCCAACCCCUUUGGCUCUGUGUCUAGUGCUCAGGUGGGUGCACAGCAGUCUGACCACGCCGCCGAGCUGAUGCACAAUGAACCCUCCGCAGCCUCUAGUCCUUCCAGCCAGAGUCCUCUCCGAGCCCCUGGACAGGACCCGUUUGCACACCUCUCUCUCAAGGAUUUCUUGUAGAGCAUCUCUUUAGAUGCAGUUCAUGUAAUUUGAAGAAAUGUGUCUCUCGGAAGAAGAAGCACUUAGCAGCAAAGCUUUGUCCUCGUUGCAGUCUAACUCUUCAGAGAAACAUUCACACACACACACACACACACCCCCUCCCCCCAAAUACAGACAUGUCAAGAACACAAUGGUGCAGCGACUGUCAGAAACCAUGGUAACCAUGUCCAAAUGACGUUUGGCGAUAGCUCACACCCAUUAUUCUGUAACUUGUCCGAGACGUGGAGUGAUGCUGCUGCUCUAAAACCCCCCUUAAAGAGGACUCCUUAUCCAUUUUACAGUGUAAUCUGUAAAGAUAGAUAUGGGUGCCGAGAAACUUUGAUGUUAUGUAUUUGGAAAUACUGUGGUUGGAUGUAAAGGCUCGAUGUUCGAUGGUGGGGAGCGGGCGGAAGGAAAAAAAAGCAGCGCGGUCGUUCCCUUUCUUGAUCCGAUCAUCAGUCAUCCACCCCCUGCAGUUAUUUAACUGUCACUAAGUAGUGAUGCUAAUGGCGUUUACACCUGUUUAGUUUUUGUCUUUUUUACCGUGUUUACAGUAGACAUUCCUUGUGUGUUGUUUGUAUUUAUUUAUGAUUAUUGGUUUAAGAUUGGGGGGAAAAAAUAAUGUAAAAUCUACAGUACAUUGAACACCUGUGGGAGUGCUUCAGCAUUAAACAAGGAUCUCAGACUAUCAUUGAGAGGUAGAGUUAAAAAUAGCUAUUAUAUAAAUUACACCUAUUAAGCGGAAUGAUAGAGCACUAAAUAUUCUACGAGUUUUGUGUUAAGAAACUUUUUUACUAGAUGAAAGAUUUCACAAUCUCCAUUGUACUUAAAGUGCAGGGGUUAGAGUAUGAGUCAGUUACCAGUAUAUAGUCGAUUCUGUGCCUAGGGUUUUUUGCAAUGGAUCAGUUUCCUGUCUAGUUGAAAAACACUUCAUCCACGAAUCUGAAGCGUCGCACUGGGUGGUGGGCUCCAUUUGCUUUAAGCUUGGCAUGCCAUUGACUCACUGACCGUAUUCAAGGCUGCCUUUACUCUGAAUGUGAAAGAGUUGUCUUCAUGUUGCACACAUCUUUCCGCACUACAGUUCCUCGGCUGGAGGGAGAGGGUGGGGGAUGGGGGCGGGGCUUGAGAGGACAGAGUGUGUCUGCUAGUCUGUUAGCUGUCGCUACGCUAACGGGAAAGAGGGUCACAGAUUUGCUGUAAAUUAAUUGUAUAAAAGAUCCAGAGGACCAGGGUGGAAUGGAGGAGCACUGUUGAUCGGCGCUCUCUGUGUAUAUAAAAACUGACUGUUCGUUGAGUUCAAAAGUGAAAGAUGUAUGAAAUAUGAAAGCAAUUCAAUCAAAUUUGACUCUACCUAAGUUUGAUUCAGGAUAUUCUCUGCGUUUGUCUCCGCAGAUAUUUUCUUUAUGUAAUUAGAACGUGUAGCAGACAAUGACUGAAGUCUUUUCUUUCUUUUUCAAAUAAAGAGCAGCUUCCACAAA